AGUCUCAUGGAAGAAGAAUAUGAAGAGUCUUUAACACAAUUUGCUGAUCUCAUCAUCGAGGGGCUCAAAAAUAGUCCCUCGUUGCGUAGCCAUCAGUCAAGCGAGGCCCACGUGCAGCAUUCCACUCCUGGUCGUGUUGGACUUUCCGCUCCGAACAAUCCUCUCUCACUCAGUUUGCACGGGACGCGCUUUGGCCCACCGGUUAACGGGCAGCUGACGCCACCACUCAAAUUCGACACAGUUCAUCCACUCGCAUCUGUCCCAUUCUCAGUACCUUCGGCGGACGAAAGUGCCAUCUACAACGAACCAUGUGAUGCCAAACCCAGCCCGGGAAAUAAUUUAGACGAAACAGUCACAAUCUACACAGUCAGCUUGUUCAAUCCGGAACCAGGCGAAACUUCUGCGCACGGUUCGUCAAAGGGCGAAAGAUACAGUAAUAUCGUCGUCGGAUUCAAUCUCGGUUCCGUCGACGAUUAUCAUCAAUGUCGUGUAGCCUGUAUAGCCAGAUUUCUCAUCUACACAUAA